UUUGUAGUAUGCAUAGUUUGUAAACGGAUUAAUGAAAAUGUUAAAAUUAGGCCUCUUGCAUUCAUGCGUGUCUGGCAUAGUUUAUAAACCUGCGCUUACUCGAGGGCACUUUAUACGAACUAGAGAUUAAUGUGGAAUGUAUUUUAAUAAAAUUUUAAUACUUUUAUUUUAAAUUUAACUUAGAGAUUAAUAUAUGAAACUUGUUGUUUUCAUGCUUACAAACUUUUAAAUUUUCAUUUUCGGGUAAUUCAUUUUUUGUUUAAAGCAUUUUGACAAGAAAAAAAACAAAGCGAUGCUCAAGGCCAAAUGAUGAUAAACUAAAAUUAAAAUGUUUGUUGGGAAAUAAUUAUUUUGGUGUGAUUUUACAGUAUGUUUGUACUCAUAGUGCUUUUCUUUGGCGAAUAUUGUUCAUGUCAUGCUGAUGGUGCUGACUGACCCAUCUGACUUCAGGAGUUUAGGUUUGUUAGCUUUGAUCAGACAGCGUGAUUGUACCAACAGCACCUGACGUCAUAGGUCACGCCCAUCAAAUGCCAUAAGCACAUCUGCACCAUCAGCUCUGACAGAGCAGACAGACGUGACUAUGAAUGUGGCAGUUCCUUUAUAGUGGGUGCAAAAAAAAAUGAACUACAACACAAUUCAUUAAGGGGUCCGCCUAGUCAGAGAGAGAAGCAAAUGAUGAUAAUGCUGUGGAGGCAUCAGGAAAUAUCUGCAGGUCCCGCGCACACAAAUGUUAAGAGUGUGGCAAUAUUGCUACAACUGUGCAACACAUUUUUGUGUUGAAGUCUGCUGUAAGGAUAGAAUUAUUUAUACAUGUUCACUUACUCCUUCACUCAUUGCAAUGUUUUAAAAUGUGUUGUCCGCCAUUAGGCAGGUACAUUUUUGGCGACAUUGGUAAGGAAAAUGUUAAGCAGCAUUAGAGGAUCUUUCAUCGUGGAAUCAAGAAUCAUCAGGAGGAGUGCUUUGCUUACCGUGAUUAUCGUAGUCUUAAUUUUCUCACUGGAUCCUGGCAGAUUUGCAUCAGAUUACCCGUUCAUAGACAAAGAUGACAUUGCACGUGAAAUAGAACCAUCCCCUCUCGUGCGAGAGGGUGAGGGCAGGGUGCUGUGCCCGUUGGUUCCAGAUGACCUGCAGGAUGAUUUUCAGUAUCCAAAGUUAAUUGUAAGCCAUAAUGAUAUUGUGGAAUUGGCAAGAAACCUCCACGUAGAACCUGGUGGAGCUUGGCAGCCGAAAGACUGCACAUCUCGACACGAAGUAGCCAUCAUUGUUCCUUUCAGAAAUCGUACCUCCCACCUGCGAAUUUUCCUCGCGUACAUGCACCCAUUCCUCCAGGAGCAGAAACUCAAUUACAGAAUAUUCGUAAUUGAGCAAAGCUUUAAAGAGCAGUUCAAUCGCGCCAAGCUUUUCAACGUAGGCUACGUUGAAGCGUUGAAAUACUUCCCGUACCACUGCUUCAUCUUCCACGACGUUGAUCUGAUCCCCCAAAAGCAGGGCAACAUGUACGCUUGCACGCACCAGCCGCGACACAUGUCGUCGAGCGUCAACACUUUCCGCUACAACCUCCCGUACCAGGAUCUGUUUGGUGGGGCGGUGGCCAUCCUGCAAAAGCAGUUCGAGUAUGUCAAUGGCUUUUCGAAUGUGUUUUACGGCUGGGGUGGGGAAGAUGAUGAUUUCCAAGGUCGUAUUGCAAACAAAGGACUUAAGGUAGUAAGGUUCGACCCGCGGGUUGCGAGGUACUUUAUGUUGUCUCACGCAAAGGAGCGACCAAGUGAAAAUCGUUUCUUGAAUCUCAUGUCUGGAAGAGAGCGCUUCAACACUGAUGGGUUGAAUAAUCUGAAAUAUUCUGUCCACAAAAUUGUUCAUGAACCUUUGCACACUAACAUCUUGGUAGAAAUUUAGACCUUUAUUUAGGAAAAUAAAUGAUGAAAUGUUUUGGUAAAUAGUAAAGAUUUUUUGAAGAAUUGUAUUUUAUGAUCUGUAGUGGUGGAAUCUCUACAUAAUUGUUGAUUCAAAUUAUUUUUGUUCCUAAUGUAUCGUUAACCUACAUUAUAUGAAAGACAUGCUUGUUAAUCUGAAUAUUUACUUCAUAGUUUUUCGGAACAUUUACAAUUAAUUACCCAAUUCUGAUGGAUUAUAACGUCCAAGAAUUUCACAAUAAAAAAAAAAUAAAAAAUCUUUUUACAGAUCAUUUCUUGAAUUAUUUGCUGUUUUAAUAAAAACUAGUUAUGACUUAUUAUUUGGAUGAUAUUCACUAAACAAAAUUUUCCAUAAUGUUACUCUUAUAAAGAUAUUAUAAAUAUAACAAAGAAUGUUUGAAAAUAAAAUGUUAAAUGCAGGCAAUUUAUGGCCUUCUCUUAUGAAGAAAAUGCUGAGAUUUGAAAUUAAUGGUGGUGUAAAUCCACGCCUACAGUCACGUAAAAGUACUGAAACCGAAGGACUGGUUACAAAAGUCACAAAAAAGUCUCCAACUAAACAGUUAUGGUGCGGGUAGUCACUAAAAAUUUACUUACAGCAUAUUUUUGUUUACUUGCAUUUUGUUAAUUGGUACCUACUGCAAUUUGCAUUCGCAAGUUAAAUACUAAUAGUUUGAGACUGUUCAUUUAAAUCAGGUGAUAAGUAUCUCUAAAAAGGUUUAAGAUUUCUAAAAUAAAAAUUAGUACAUUACUGAGAAUAGUAGGUCUUUUUUCUAUAAGUUCUAUUUUGUUGUUAUAUAUAAAAAAUAACCUUUCAAAAUAAAAAAAACUUGUAAGUAAAUUUUAUUUUAAAAAGUUUUUAUAUUGAUUCACCAAAUAUUUGUAGACAUACUAUAAACAGGAAAAGGUAAUAAUCAAUAAUAUUAUAACAAGUUUCUUCUGUACUUUUCUCAAAUCCCUUCAGUUAUUUCUUUAGUAGUAUUUUGCUAGUGGAAAGCUUAUUACAUAUUAUCUCUGUCCGUUUUAUUUUUUGUUUCUCUCAUAUUUUUUUGUUCUCUUAUUUUGUUUCUGUGUGUGUGUUUUUGUUUGUGUGUAUAUGCAGGUUUGUAGUAAAACACGCUUCUUCUGUUUGCUUGUUUGUGUGCUAUGACCUUAUACAACUUAAUCGCUAAUAAGUUUUUGUACUUAUAAUAAAUUAUCCAAAACAGUAGUUUUUUUUUACUUACUCAGAUGUGCUAGAUUAAAAAUAGAUUAAGAUUUGGUGAAUACUCUGAAUUCAGGGUUGAAUUUUUUCAUCCCUGGAUAAACUUUUCAAAUAGUCAAUUCUUUCAUGUGAUCUGAAGCAAAAAUAUUAUGUAGCUGUUGAAUAUAUUGUGUGUAGUUUUGUGAGUUUUUAAUCAAUUGUUACAUGUGUAUUUUUUGGAUAUUAUAAGUAUUUAAGGUUGUAAACAGCUUUGCUUAGAAAUCUCUUGUGGUUGAUCUGUUUGAUUUUUACAUUAUCUAUUUUAUUGUUUAUUUUUGUUUUGAAUACUUUGAUAUUUGAAAUAGUAACACUCAAAUAUCAGUGAUGAUGCCAUCCAUUUUGAAGCAUACAACUUUUAUACUUUUAAGUAAGGUUUAAUGCUGUACAUGUAUUUAAAAUAUUUGCUGAAUACUUAUUUUAUGAUCUUCUGUAUGUUUAGGGGUUGUACUAUUUCUUUGUAGUUGUCUAUUUUCAGGAGCAUAAGCAGAAUUUCAUUUUGGUCUUGAGGGAUGGGGGGAAUAGAAUCACUAUGGCUGCUGUUUGCUUUCAAAUUCUUUCCAUUUGUGGUUUGGAAUAAUAGAUUUUUAGGAUUUCAGUGGGUGGUGGAGACAUAACCCACAUCACCCCAGCAUAUGCCCCUGUGUACUUUUAUGUACAAUCAACAAAUUUCAGUAACGAAAAGUGUUAAAAAUGUUUUGUGUACUCAACUGGUUUAAUUCUCAUUUCUAUGCAAUGUUAGCUUUAACUUAUUCAGCCUUCGAACAAGGUUGGUUUUGGAAUGGUCAUCGUUUAACACAUUUUAUUAGACUCCCAGAACAUUUUUAGCUUUUAUGAUAGCCUCCUUACUUCCCAUUCGGGGAACGAAGUUUUACUGUUCUGUCCCUGACAAGCUAAAAAAAAACCUUGUGAAGUUAAAUUUUAGUAGUUUAGUCAGAAUGUUUUGUAACAGAGUGGUGACAAUUUGAUUGGAUAAACACAAUGGAAGAGUUUUGAGUUUGAACUGUUUUGCCAAUUGUAAGCUCUAGUUAUGAGUCCUUGAAAAUUUGAAUGGUGUCAGAAUCAUUUGGGUACCAACUUACUGCUCAUAAUUUAACAUGAGUCAUUCUGGGGGCUGUGAUUGAACCAACGAUCUUUAGCUCAUAACAUGAGUAUGAUGUCCAAAAAAAUAGGGUCAUUAAUUGAUUUUUAAAAUUUUUCAAUAAUAAUUUAAAACUAUUGGCUCAUGCAUCAGUGAUAAAUAGUGCCUCAUGAAAUUAUGAGAUAGUGAUUCUGGAUGUUAAUUUUUAUCAAAAAUGUAACUUUGUUGUGUUUUGUGACUGCCAUGAGGUACAUUAACAUUAAGUAUUUAUGAUUUUAUUAUUAUUAUUUAGAAGUUUGAGUAUUGACUCCUGGUGCUAAUCUAUGUCCGUCGAAGAGCACAAAAUCAUUGUGUUAGUUUCACAUGCAUAACCCUUUGAUUUUAAUUUUGUUCUGACCUUUAUAUUGUCAAAAAUUUUCAGUAGUACUUAUGUGAAAAUACAUUAUUUUUUCAUGUCAUUAAACUGUAUUAAAUGUGUGCAGUCAAAAUUAAAAUCAUUAAAAACUA